AUGGACGUCCGCCUGUACCCCUCGGCGCCCGCCGUGGGUGCGCGGCCCGGGGCCGAGCCGGCCGGCCUGGCCCACCUGGAUUAUUACCACUGCGGCAAGGUAGGCGGGAAGUUUGAUGGUGACAGUGCCUACGUGGGGAUGAGUGACGGAAACCCAGAGCUCCUGUCAACCAGCCAGACCUACAACAGCCAGAACGAGAGCAACGAAGACUAUGAGAUCCCCCCGAUAACACCUCCCAACCUUCCUGAGCCAUCGCUCCUGCACCUGGGAGACCACGAAGCCGGCUACCAUUCACUGUGCCACGGCCUCGCACCCAGCGGUCUGCUCCCUGCCUACUCCUACCAGGCCAUGGACCUCCCAGCCAUCAUGGUGUCCAACAUGUUGGCCCAGGACAGCCACCUGCUCUCAGGCCAGCUGCCCACGAUCCAGGAGAUGGUCCACUCGGAGGUUGCCGCCUACGACUCAGGCCGACCAGGGCCCCUGUUGGGCCGCCCAGCUAUGCUGACCGGCCACAUGAGCGCCCUCAGCCAGUCCCAGCUCAUCUCUCAGAUGGGCAUCCGGAGUAGCAUCGCCCACAGCUCCCCGUCACCCCCAGGGAGCAAGUCAGCGACCCCAUCCCCCUCCAGUUCAACUCAGGAGGAGGAGUCGGAAGCCCAUUUCAAGAUCUCGGGAGAAAAGAGACCCUCAGCUGACCCAGGAAAAAAGACCAAGAACCCAAAGAAGAAGAAGAAGAAAGACCCCAACGAGCCACAGAAGCCUGUGUCAGCCUAUGCGCUCUUCUUCAGAGACACCCAGGCCGCCAUCAAGGGACAGAACCCCAGUGCCACCUUCGGGGAUGUGUCCAAAAUUGUGGCCUCCAUGUGGGACAGCUUGGGUGAGGAGCAGAAGCAGGCUUACAAGAGGAAGACUGAAGCGGCAAAGAAGGAGUAUCUGAAGGCUCUGGCAGCCUACAGGGCUAGCCUCGUCUCCAAGAGCUCCCCAGACCACAGUGAGGCCAAGAGCACUCAGGCGAAUCCACCAGCCAAAAUGCUCCCACCCAAGCAGCCUGUGUACGCCAUGCCAGGCCUGGCCUCCUUCCUGACGCCAUCAGACCUGCAGGCCUUCCGCAGUGGAGCCUCCCCUGCCAGUCUUGCCCGGACGCUGGGCUCCAAGUCGCUGCUGUCAGGCCUCAGCGCGUCCCCACCACCGCCACCCUCCUUCCCGCUCAGCCCCUCACUGCACCAGCAGCUACCACUGCCCCCCCAUGCACAGGGCGCCCUCCUCAGUCCUCCUGUCAGCAUGUCGCCCACCCCCCAGCCUCCCGUCCUGCCCACCCCCAUGGCACUCCAGGUGCAGCUGGCCAUGAGCCCCUCACCCCCAGGGCCGCAGGACUUCCCUCACAUCUCUGAGUUCCCCAGCGGCUCGGGAUCUCGCUCACCUGGCCCAUCCAACCCCACGAGCGGCGGGGACUGGGACAGCAGUUACCCCAGCGGGGAGUGUGGCAUCAGCACUUGCAGCCUGCUCCCCAGGGAUAAAUCGCUCUACCUCACCUAAUGCCGCCUGCCCUCCCCUGCCCGAGGCUUGCUGGACGGGCACUGCUCAGAGCCUGAGGGGCUGAUAGCAGAAACGAGGCCUUGGCAGGAGGCAGGUGACUGACCAGAGAGAGCAGUGACAUACCAGCACCCCAGGGCUGAAUCUCCUCCUCGACCUCCCACCAGACUGUGCAGAGCAGCCCACCACCCACCAGCCCAAAGAACCUGCAGGAAACUUCUGCCUGCUGACCCGCUUGCUCCAGGGUAACUGUGGACCCCGCGCCUCGCCCUGCACACGGUACCCUAUGUCUGGACGUCUGGCCCCAGCCCCGGCUCACAUGGGCUGCCCCUGGCGGGUCACUGACCAACGGAAACCCUCCCCCAGAUGCAUGGGCAAGGGGCCGGCCCAGCCACAGACGUGCAAAUGCAGUUUUUUGGUGUGAGCAAAAGAUUUUGAACCCUUUGAACUGUUGGCUCCGUGUAAGUAGUUGACUAAGUGUUCUAGAACCGUGCUGGAGACAUCUGUAAAAUUGUUUUGUGGGGGGAAGGAAGUAGUUUCCUUUAAGGUAAAAAACAUUUUAUAUGAUGCUUAGCACAUUUUUUUUUUAAGUUUUAUCUUAAGAGAGACAUGCACAAUAGCGGCUGCCAAACCAUUUCAUCAUCUGGACAGCCAGGACCGGACAAUUUAUAGCCACACUUGGAGGCUUUUUUUCUUUUUUUUAAACCAUAUGUCCAUCUAUUUAAAAUU